AUGAAACAGCCAAGCUAUCUCGCAUUGUUCGUUCAGCAGCUUCAACAGAGGUAACGUUAUGGCGCAGCGGUCACAACGCUGUUACAAGCAGACGUACCAAGUGUUACGCACGGCCCAUUCUGAGUUGGUCUACUUCGCGUAACACAGAAGGGCAGAACGGCACAGCAAGUUCUGUUGGAAACGAAACUUUUGACUGCUCCAAAUUUCCUUCUCUUUCAUUUCUUUCUUCCCAACUACACCGAAAUCACCAUGACUGCCGUGUCGCUACUAGUGCUGCUGGCUUCUUCCGUCGCGGCUUUUGCUGCCUAUCGUCUGUAUCUAACCUACACAGUGCGACUCAGGGCCCAACAGCAUGGAUGUGAGCCUGCGGCCCGCUACAAGCAUAAGGACCCCGUAUUCGGGUUGGAUAUCUUCCUGCGAACCGGAGAUGCUAUCUCCAAGAACAAAUUCCUGGUGGAGCACCAGCGGCGAUAUGAUACAUAUGGCCAUACGUUCGAAAGCUUAAACUUCGGUUCGCAUGGAAUAUCCUCCAUCCACCCAGAAAACCUACGGGUAGUCUUCUCUAAAAAUGCUGCAGACUGGGGAAUUCAGCCUUUGCGACUACACAGCAUGAGCCCGUUUUGUGGCACGGGAUUUAUUACGGCUGACGGCUUUGACUGGAAGGUCUCGCACGACCUACUCAAGCCCGGCUUCCAUAGGUCUAAUAUUUCUGAUUUUGGUCCCCUUGAAGAGCACCUCCAGAUUCUUCUAGGGCAGAUCCCAAAGGACGGCUCUAAGUUUGAUUUACAGCCAUGCCUCUUAAGACUGUAUCUUGAUUUAAAUACGCUAUUUCUGUUUGGAGAGCCUAUUGGUAUGCUUUCCGGCACGCCUCCACCGCAUGCAGAAGGCUUUUUGGAUGCGUUUCAGGCUGGCUUCAAUGGUUGCGGAAUACGCAUCGCUCUAGGGCCUCUGAGCUUUUUGGUGCCAAAGGGUUCAUGGCUUCAAGCAUGCGAAAAGGUUCAUAAAUUCGCCGAUAUAUAUGUCGACAGGGCUAUCGAAUACAGUAAGAAAAUGAACUCGGUCGAACAUAGCCAGGAAAAAGCAAGGCGACGCACUCUGCUUUUCAACAUGGCCCAAGCGACGACUGAUAGGACUGUUCUGCGGAACCAAGUAGUGCAGGCUAUGAUGGCAGCUACCGAAACAACCGCAUCUUUAAUUAGCCACGUUAUUCGUAACUUGGCUAGCAACCCUGAUAUAGCUGCUCAGGUCCGAGCUGAGGUUCUGGCCGUGAGUGACAAGCCGCUGGAUUUCGACCAGUUACCGCGUAUCAAGUCCCUGCGACAUGUUAUCACUGAGACUCUUCGUCUGUACCCUGUAUUUCCGCAGAUGAACCGCGUUGCUUUAAAAGAUACAGUUUUACCUACCGGAGGAGGCUUAGAUGGCACUGCUCCAGUGUUCGCACCAGCCGGCACUCUAUUCGAUACUUGCUUCGCUACGCUUCACCGCGAUCCGAAGUUUUGGGGUCCCAAUGCCAGUGAGUUUUGUCCCUCCCGCUGGGAAAAUAAUUAUAACCCUCCCCCGUUUACGUUCGUGCCAUUUGGGGCCGGACCUCGACAGUGCUUGGCACAGCAAAAGGCGACUAUGGAAGCCUCAUAUAUAGUAUCACGGGUAUUGCAAGAAUUUAGCGGAAUCAGGAGCGAAGAUGAGAAACCCUAUCAGGCACAGGUAGCUCUAACAGCAAAGAGCGCUCAUGGGUGUUUUGUUUCGCUCACCCCAGCGACAGGAUAAACUAUAGGGGGUAUACGAAGGUUCAAUCUAAGGUUUAUUUAAAGAGUCUGUCACAUACUGUCAACGGGUCCUCCCAUAAAUUAAACAACAAGGGAUUUGUUAGAUCGGAAAGGGGCAUUCUCUAAGCUAUCACAUGGCCCGUUUACCGUGCAUAGAGUUGUAGUUCUCGCAAUGGCCCGUCUAACCUAAGCUCGCUAAAUC